AUGAAUCCAAGCUACUGUGUUCCAUUAUCACUAAGUGAAUUUUGGAUGCUGGCUAUGAAUGCUCUGACUGUGUCCAGUGCUUAUGGUCUCAUGACAACUGAGAACAUGGCAGUGUCCAGGAAGUCAAGAAGAUGCCUGCCUGCAUAUUACAUUCAGUUAGGGGCCACAGAGCUCUGUGGCAUUGUUGCUGCUCUUCCCACUUAUUCACUGUUCACACCUUCUACUUUCUUCUCUUUGUGUGAAUCCACUCCCAUCAGAGCAGCCAAGACAGAACUAAAGCCCUUGGGGAGGUCCAUCUGGUCUCUUUGGGAAUGUCCCGGCCUGGACUCCAUUUCCCAGAGUGCCAAGGGAGCUGACGUACUACGUGCUCCAAAUGCGCGUGCUCCGAGUUUGGGCCAAGGGAAGUUCAUUCAGCGAUCGGAGUCAGCCUUAAGAGGCCGCACUGCUAGUUCUCCUCCGUUCACUGCGUCUCUUGCUGGCACUAACCAACCCGGCAGUUUGAGCGCACCAAGCCCCAGCCUGCCAUCCGCUGCAUCUGUGCUUCUGCAUCUGCCGCCUGUGGGUCCCACGUGCCUGGGACUUCACUGCCGCACACACUCUGCCUUACUCCACGUGUGUCCUUUAGAAAGGGGACCUGCUCCCGGGACUUCGCACGGCAAGUAUGGAGAACUGGAAGAGGAGGGGAUGUGUUUGCGGGGGAGGGGCCACUCCUGUGUCCAGAUUCCUGAAUGGGUGACACAAUCUUUGGCCAGCCUACUGGUCUGUUCCCUCAGCCUAAAUGUGAUGAUAACAUUCGAAGACCUAGCUGUGUACUUCACCUGGGAAGAAUGGCAGAAUAUGAACAAAGCUCAGAAAACCCUUUACAAGGAUGUGAUGCUAGAGACUUACAGCAGUCUGUUCUCCUUGGGACAAUGCAUUAGCAAACCUGACUUGAUUGUCAAGUUGGAGCAAGGUGCAGACCCAUGGAUGAUGGAAGAAUGUCUAAAUCAGAGCCUUCCAGUGUCCAUAAAAAGGGGUGGCCUGCCUAGUAUCAACCAGGAAAGUCAGGACAAAAAUCUAAAUCAGAAUGUAAUGAAAAAUAAUAAGACAUCAACUUGCAAGAGAGCUGAAUUAAGAAAAACACUUAAUUUAAGUUCAAGCCAUAUUCCAAAACUGAUUAACGAAAAGAGAAAUAAUGAGCAUGGAAAAGCUACUUUCCAGAAAUCAUACCUCAUCAUAAAUCAGAAAAUUCCCACAGAGGUGAAACCUCAUAAAUGUUAUGACUGUGGAAAAGCCUUUGGCCAGGAGACAAACCUCAUAACGCAUCAGAGAAUUCACAUCGGAGAGAAAUCUCAUGAAAAUAAUGAAUGUCGAAAAGCCUUUUCUAGUAAGUCACAAGUCAUCAAUCAUCAGAGAAUUCAAAUAGUGGAGAAACCUUAUGAAUGUAAUGACUGUGGAAAAGUCUUUGCUGCUAAGUUACAAUUCAUCAGACAUCAGAGAAUUCACACAGGGGAGAAACCUUAUGAAUGUAAUGACUGUGGAAAAGCCUUUGCCCAGAAGUCACAAUGCAUCAGACAUCAGAGAAUUCACACAGGAGAGAAACCUUAUGAAUGUAAUGACUGUGGAAAAGCCUUUAGCAGGAAGUCAGUCCUCAUCAUACAUCAGAGAAUUCACACUGGGGAGAAAUCUUAUGAAUGUAAUGACUGUGGAAAAGCCUUUGCUAGUAAGUCUCAACUCAGCAAACAUCAGAGAAUUCACACAGGUGAGAAACCUUAUGAAUGUAAUGACUGUGGAAAAGCGUUUGGACAUAAGUCAUACCUCAUCAAACAUCAGAGAAUUCACACUGGGGAGAAACCUUAUGAAUGUAAUGACUGUGAAAAAACCUUUGGCCAUAAGUCAGACCUCAUAAAACAUCAGAGAAUUCACACAGGUGAGAAACCUUAUGAGUGUAAUGACUGUGGAAAAGCCUUUGGUUAUAAGUCAGACCUCAACAAACAUCAGAGAAUUCACACAGGGGAGAAACCUUAUGAAUGCAAUGACUGUGGAAAAGCUUUUAGCCGGAAGUCAGUCCUUCUCACACAUCAGAGAAUUCACACAGGUGAGAAACCUUAUGAAUGUAAUGACUGUGGAAAAGCCUUUGGCCAUAAGUCAGAUCUCAUCAAACAUCAGAGAAUUCACACAGGUGAGAAACCUUUUGAUUGCAAUGACUGUGGAAAAGCCUUUAGCCGGAAGUCAGUCCUCCUCACACAUCAGAGAAAUCACACAGGUGAGAAAUCUUAUGAAUGUAAUGACUGUGGAAUAGCCUUUGCUGCUAAGUCACUACUCAUCACACAUCAGAGAAUUCACACAGGGGACAAAUCUUAUGAAGGACAUGACAGUGGAAAAAUAUUUGGCCAUAAGUUAGAUCUCAUCAAACAUCAGAGAAUUCACACAGGGGAGAAACCUUAUGAAUGUAAUGACUGUGGAAAAGCCUUUGGACAUAAGUCAGUCCUCAUCAAACAUCAGAAAAUUCACACAGGGGAGAAACCUCAUGAAUGUAAUGAAUGUGGAAAAACCUUUGGCCUUAAGUCAUAUCUUGUAGUGCAUCAGAGAAUUCACACAGGUGAAAAACCUUAUGAAUGUAAUACCUGUGGAAAAGCCUUUGGCCAUAAGUCAGACCUCAACAAACAUCAGAGAAUUCACACAGGAGAGAAACCUUAUGAAUGUAAUGACUGUGGAAAAGCCUUCAGCAGGAUGUCAGUCCUCCUCACACAUCAGAGAAUUCACACUGGGGAGAAAUCUUUUGAAUGUAAUGACUGUGGAAUAGCCUUUGCUGCUAAGUCACUACUCAUCACACAUCAGAGAAUUCACACAGGUGAGAAACCUUAUGAAUGUAAUGACUGUGGGAAAGCCUUUGGCCAGAAGUCAUACCUCAUCAAACAUCAGAGAUUUCACACAGGUGAGAAACCUUAUGAAUGUAAUGAAUGUGGAAAAGCCUUUGGCCAGAAGUCAUAUCUUGUAGUGCAUCAGAGAAUUCACACAGGUGAGAAACCUCAUGAAUGCAACACCUGUGGAAAAGCCUUUCGUCAUAAGUCAGACCUCAACAAACAUCAGAGAAUUCACACAGGUGAGAAACCUUUUGAAUGUAAUGACUGUGGAAAAGCCUUUAGCAGGAAGUCAGUCCUCCUCAGACAUCAGAGAAUUCACACUGGGGAGAAACCUUAUGAAUGUAAUGACUGUGGAAAAGCCUUUGGUUAUAAGUCAGACCUCAUAAAACAUCAGAGAAUUCACACAAGGGACAAAUCUUAUGAAGGUCAUGACAGUGUAAAAGCCUUUGGCCAUAAGUCAGACCUCAUCAAACAUCUGAGAAUUCACACUGGGGAGAAACCUUAUGAAUGUAAUGACUGUGGAAAAGCCUUUGGGCAUAAGUCACAACUCAUCAGACAUCAGAAAAUUCACACAGGGGAGAAACCUUAUGAAUGUAAUGACUGUGGAAAAGCCUUCAGCCAGAAGUCACAACUCAUCAAUCAUCAGAGAAUUCACACAGGGAAGAAACCUUAUGAAUGUAAUGACUAUAGUAUAGACUUUACUAGUAAGUCACAAGUCUCCACACAUCAAAGAAUUCACACAGGUGAGAAACUUUAUGAAUGUAAUGACUGUGGAGAAGCCUUUGCUAGUAAGUCACAACUCUUAAAAUAUUGA